GCUUUGCCUGCCAGCACCUCAGCGCCUGAAGUUCAGAACAGAGAGGGGCCCGGCGGUCGGGCGAAGCUCUGAGAAUCGAGAUUGCUUGGAUUCCACAUUUGGCGUGCUGUUGCUGCUGGAGCUUCCAUCCCGCCUUUCACAGUUAACCGUUGACCGUUGUGCGAACCUACCCACCUUCCUGACCUAAACCCAGCUUUUCGAUCGUCUGUUUCCCCUCGCCCCUCGACGACGACGACGACGACGACGGCCGUAAUCCAUUCGCAUUCCACACACAUCUAACCAUGGCUUCCAUGUUCGCCCAGUCGGGCAGCGGCACCCUUUUCCUCGGCGGCCAAAAGAUUUCCGGUGCUGAUAUCAGAGACCAGAAUGUCAUCGCUACACAAGCUAUCGCAAAUGUCGUCAAGAGCUCCUUCGGCCCCAGCGGUCUCGACAAGAUGAUGGUCGAUGAUAUUGGUGAUGUUACGGUUACAAACGAUGGCGCUACUAUCCUCAGCUUGCUCGACGUCGAGCACCCCGCCGGCAAGAUCCUCGUCGACCUUGCGCACCAACAAGAUAAGGAGGUUGGCGAUGGCACAACAUCAGUCGUCCUGAUCGCGGCCGAGCUGCUCAAGAGAGGAAACGACUUGAUGAAGAACCGGAUACACCCCACAACCAUCAUCACCGGCUACCGUCUGGCCCUCAGGGAGGCGGUCAAGUACAUGAAAGAGCACAUCAGCAUCAAGGUCGAGAACCUCGGUCGCGAGUCCCUCCUCAGCAUCGCCAAGACCUCCAUGUCCAGCAAGAUCAUCGGCGCCGAUUCCGACUUCUUCGCCAACAUGGUUGUUGACGCCAUCCAGGCCGUCAAGACCACCAACAACAAGAACGAGACCAAGUACCCCGUCAAGGCGGUCAACAUUCUCAAGGCCCACGGCAAGGGCGUUACCGAGUCGAUGCUCAUCAAGGGCUACGCCCUCAAUUGCACUGUCGCCUCCCAGGCCAUGACCACCCGUGUGACAGACGCCAAGAUUGCUUGCUUGGAUAUCAACCUUCAGAAGGAGAGGAUGAAGCUUGGUGUUCAAAUUACAGUCGAUGAUCCCCAGCAGCUCGAGGCCAUCCGCGCGCGUGAGUCCGGCAUGAUCAUUGAGCGCGUCGAGAUGAUUCUCAAGGCGGGCGCAAACGUCAUUCUGACGACAAAGGGUAUCGAUGACAUGGUUCUCAAGCUUUUCGUUGAAAAGGGCGCUAUGGCUGUGCGCCGCUGCAAGAAGGAGGAUCUUCGUCGCAUCGCCCGUGCCACCGGCGCCACCCUCCUCAGCACUCUUUCCGAUCUCAACGGCGACGAGAAGUUCGAGCCCUCUUACCUCGGUCACGCCGAGGAGGUUGUGCAGGAGCGCAUUUCCGACGACGAGUGCAUCUUGAUCAAGGGUACCAAGGUUCACUCUUCGGCUUCCAUCAUUCUCCGUGGCCCCAACGACUUCACCCUCGACGAGAUGGAGCGCUCGGUUCACGACAGCUUGUGCGCCGUUAAGCGUACUUUGGAGAGCGGCAGCAUUGUGCCCGGUGGUGGCGCGGUCGAGACGGCUCUGCACAUUUACCUGGAGGAGUACGCCGGUACUGUCGGUUCCAGGGAGCAGCUCGCCAUUGGUGAGUUUGCCCAAUCGCUACUCGUUAUUCCCAAGACCUUGGCCGUCAACGCCGCCAAGGACGCCUCCGAGCUUGUCGCCCAACUACGAUCGAGGCACGCUCUGUCGCAGCGCAUCCAAGAGGGUGAGGCGAACGAGGACGAGAAGAUUGUUGCCCGUAAGAAGGCCUACAAGAACUACGGUCUUGACCUGAUGAAGGGCAAGGUUGUGGACGAGAUCAAGGCCGGCGUUAUGGAGCCCAGCAUGAGCAAGAUCACGCAACUGAAGAGUGCGGUAGAAGCAUGCAUCAGCAUCAUGCGUAUCGAUACCCUCAUCAAACUCGACCCUGAACAGAGGCCUGAGGAUGAUGGACACGACCACUAAAGGGGUUGUUGAGAUUUGUUAGAUGUUGCCAUGUAGUUUGGGAGUACAUAAUGUAUAGAAACUCUGGAAACUACCCAGCAUGAUAUCAAGUCUGUGUACGUCAUCUGCUUUUCCCUGUCAUGAUUUACUUGCGUUGCGCGGUUACGCAAGGCGAGCUGUCCCUGGCAUCCUAAACAUCACUGACUGGGGGAGUGCAUUUCAACCCUAACCCUGCUCAGGGGUAAACCGAGUUCAAUGUCAAACUUGCAUGAUUAUUCGACCUUA